CGGCCGACCCAAGUGAGGCGAGGCGCCCGCGCAACACCGCGCCAGAAUCAACUCCCCUGCACGCGUCAGCGGGGCUGUUUGCGGACUCGCGCCAUCCACGACGAGGCGCCGGCGCUGGCUUUCGGGUCCUGCGGGGAUAAUGGCGGCCCCCUCAGUUUUCUGUGCGCGGCGGCGGCGGGUGGCGGUGCAGAUGUCCGCCAUCCGCGCGGGUGCGUCCUGAACUUCCCCCAGCGCUGCCUUCGCAGGUUUGCCAGCCGCCUCGUUGUGUGUGUGAGGGGCGCCGGCGCGGCCAAAAAAUAA